AUGAUUUAUGGUAAACCAAGUGAUUAUGUUCCAUUGGAGCCCUUCAGACCAAAGAAUGCCAGACCCGCUGAUUUUCAAAAACCAAUGAAUUUUGUUAAGAAAGAAAAUUGCUCAAAUGAAUCAGCUGGCGAAUCUGGAAAGGAAAAUGAACAAGAAAAUGAAUCAGAACCAGUGAAAACAUCCGCAAAUGAGCCGCAAGAAAUUUUGUCAAAUUCUGAUUCUGAUUCUAUAGAUAAUGUUAAGUGUUUUAGUUCAUGUGCAGAAUCGGUGACAGUUGAAGAGCAGUCUGCAGCGGAUGAUAACUCACAUUCAAGCGUUGCUGCUGUUGCUGAUGAUUCGGAUGCUACCAAACGCGAUCAUUACGCUUUGAACUGUGUUGUGUCUUGGUAUGCUGAGAGUUGGGGUAUGCCGAUUAAAACUGAUGAUUCCGGUGCUGUGGUUUUAGAUUAUGAUCGUGACGAAAAUACUUUAACAUGGAAAUCUGAUGUUUUUUCUGCUGAUUCAGGCAACUAUUCUAGUGUGCCUGAAACAUCAACUGAUACAUCAGAAACUUUUAAACAGAAUAAAGAUGAGAAAGUUGAUAUGUUUAAUUGUGUUAGUAAAGAAAUUGAUGAACAGGGAUCGUCUGAUGAACCUGACAUUCAAGUUGCAGAUUCUGGUACUUCAGAUGAUGAGCAUAGCGCUUCUGGGAAUUUUGAGUGUGACAAAUACUCAGAACCAAGUAGUGCAACACCCGAAGAGAGUCAAACAGUUUACUCUUCGUCUGAGAAACCAGAAUCAGCUGAUGUCAGAAACGCAGAAGUUGAUGAAGCUGAAGAAGAGAUAUUCGUAGAAACCAAUUAUGAGGAAAUUUAUGAGAUCUCGGAGCCUGAAGAAAAGGGAUCCACGGAAAUCAAUUUAACAGUUCAUUCAACUGAUGAAACUGAAGAAGAGAUAUAUGUGGAAACGAAUUCUGCAGAACCUCCUGAGAAUAUAGUUUCUGAGGAAAGGGAAUCUGUGGAAGUCAAUUCAACAAAUGAUUCAACUCUCGAUCCUAAAGGAUCAGAUUCGGAAGAAAGCACUUCAAAUAAAGCAAAGUCUAUUGAAUCUGCUCCUUUAAAGAAAAGACGGUCACGUAAAAACAGAAGAUUACGGAAAAAGAAAGUUCGAAAGGAAAACCCGACUCUCAAGCAAACUGAACCUAAGCUGAAGGGUAAAGCUGUCAAUACUUGCUCUUGUGCUGAUAAUAGUAAGCAGGGUUCUUCCAAGACCAAACAUACACACAAGCAAUCAACAUCAAAGGAAAAGAAAGGACUCAAUCAGUUCCCUAGAAUAACAUAA